AAGACCGUUCCUCGUCAGUCGUGUCCUCUUUUUACUUUAAUUUUUCCCUUGCUUGCUUGCACUACCUUCCAACUCUCUCCGACCAGUCUCCCUCCCCCUCUCUCUCCUCACUCUCUCUCUAACCCCAUCACCACUCUCGGUUUCACAGGUAACUCUAACAACGACUUCUGUGGAGAACCAACCCUCUUCAAUUCCCUUUCUCACUCUCUCACUCUAUCAUAAUGAAAAUAAGAUAAUUCCACCAAUACACUGUACACAUUUCCCACAAUGGUAGCCGGAAAAGUAAAAUCGGCAAUGGGGUUACAAAAAACUCCAACAAACUCCAAAACAGAAACACAACACCAACAUACUCAUUAUCCGCAACAGCGGCAGAAGUUAUCUUCAUCACCAUCCCCGUCACAAGGUUCAAACAGCAAUGGUAAAGUACCACAAAAGGGGGCCGUGUUCUCACGGUCCUUUGGGGUGUAUUUCCCCAGGUCUUCAGCUCAAGUACAGCCUCGGCCACCUGACGUGGCCGAGCUGUUACAGUUAGUAGAGCAGCUACGGGAACGGGAGUCACGGUUACGAACCGAGCUCCUUGAGCAGAAACUGCUCAAGGAGUCUGUAUCCCUACUUCCAAUCCUAGAGAACGAGAUCUCGAAGAAAGAUUUAGAAAUAAAUCGUUCUUCGAAAAUGAUUGAGUGUUUGGAAGCUGAGAAUGAGAGGCUGCGCCAAGAGGUUGAACACUUGCAUUUGAAGCUAACUGAACAGAAACGAGAGUUUGAAAACAGAAUUAAGGCUGUGGAAGUAGAAUCAGUUGCAACAACCGCUUCGCAGCAACGGUUUCAGUUUCAACAACUUAUGGAUAUUUCAACGAAGUCUAGUAUUAUUAAGAACUUGAAGCGCGGACAUACGAUUGCAAACGUUCAAGUAAAUCGGACUCAUAACGAUAUUGUAGACAAAUGUUAUACGGAAUCAAGCUCUAAAGAGUCGAUUCUUAUAGAAAUUGAUAAUCUACCGAGGCUUUCUCGAUCUGAUUCACGUGAAAUGCAAGAGGUGAUAGCUGAUUCGGUACUCGAGGCUCGUUCUCGAGUUCCUAGGGUUCCGAAACCACCGCCACGGCCGUCGUCGUCAUCGUCGUCGUUAUCGUCAUCGUCAGCUUCUUCAAACAGCUCGCUCGGCAGCUCGGCCGAGCGAGCUUUGACGGAGCAACAGGCGAAUAAACCAUUACCUCCGCCGCCACCACCGCCGCCUAGAGCUAAAACUGCAGCUCCUCCGCCACCUCCGCCCCCGCCGAAAGGAUUAAAACCGGUGCCGGCGAGGGUACGGAGAGUGCCGGAGGUAGUGGAGUUUUAUCACUCUCUCAUGCGGAGAGAAUCUCGGCGAGAUUCCGGUACCGGAGGUUCGUCUACUGAUGUACCGGCGACCGGUAAUCCACGUGACAUGAUCGGAGAAAUCGAGAACCGGUCAACACACUUGCUCGCUAUAAAGACAGAUGUGGAAACACAAGGUGAUUUUAUAAGAUUUUUGAUCAAAGAAGUUGAGAAUGCAUCAUUUACAGAUAUUGAGGAUGUUGUGCCCUUUGUAAAAUGGCUAGAUGAUGAACUCUCAUACCUGGUUGAUGAGAGGGCAGUUCUUAAACACUUUGAGUGGCCGGAACGCAAAGCAGAUGCAUUAAGAGAAGCUGCAUUCGGGUACUGUGAUCUAAAGAAGCUUGAAUCCGAGGCAACAUCGUUUCGUGAUGAUCCUCGCCAGCCUUGCGCUCCUGCUCUCAAGAAGAUGCAAGGAUUGUUUGAGAAAUUAGAGCAUGGAGUUUAUAAUUUAUCGCGAAUGAGAGAAUCGUCUUCAUCGCGAUAUAAAGUAUUUCAAAUCCCAAUGGAUUGGAUGCAAGAAACUGGACUUGUAACUCAGAUCAAGCUUGCAUCGGUCAAAUUAGCAAUGAAGUACAUGAAAAGAGUAUCUGCAGAACUCGAGAUGGUUAGUGGUCCAGAAGAAGAGGAGUUGAUAGUUCAAGGCGUACGGUUUGCAUUUCGUGUACAUCAGUUUGCAGGCGGAUUUGAUGUUGAAACAAUGAGGGCGUUCCAAGAAUUGCGCGAUAAAGUAACAACGUGCCAUAAGCAGUGUGAGAACCAGCAAGCGCAGAAACCGUUGUGCAGGUCUAGUACUUGCUAAACAUUCUUUAUCUGUAGCGAACUCAGCUUCAGCAUUCGAUCACAGGAGUUUUUGCUGUAAAGAAGGGACUCGUUUCGUGUUAAUACAAUGAUACUGUAUUUCUAUUUUAAAGGUCAUAUGUUUUAAGCUUCA